AUGAGCUGUUUCUUUAUCCGAACACUACAAGGUUUAGGAGACGCGUGGGGACAGCCCAGCCGCGCGGGGCCCCUGGACAGUGUCGCCAAGGAGCUCGGAUCGCACUUGCUGCAGACUUUGGAUGGAUUUGUGUUUGUGGUGGCAUCUGACGGCAAAAUCAUGUAUAUAUCGGAAACAGCCUCCGUGCACUUAGGCUUGUCCCAGGUGGAGCUCACGGGCAACAGCAUUUAUGAGUACAUCCACCCUUCCGACCACGAUGAGAUGACGGCUGUCCUCGCGGCCCACCAGCCUCUUCCCCACCACCUGCUCCAAGAGUAUGAGAUAGAGAGGUCGUUCUUUCUUCGAAUGAAGUGCGUCCUGGCGAAAAGAAACGCGGGCCUGACGUGCAGCGGAUACAAGGUCAUCCACUGCAGUGGCUACUUGAAGAUCAGGCAGUAUAUGCUGGACAUGUCCCUGUACGACUCGUGCUACCAGAUCGUGGGGCUGGUGGCCGUGGGCCAGUCGCUGCCGCCCAGCGCCAUCACCGAGAUCAAGCUGCACAGUAACAUGUUCAUGUUCCGGGCCAGCCUUGACCUGAAGCUGAUAUUCCUGGACUCCAGGGUGACCGAGCUGACCGGGUACGAGCCGCAGGACCUGAUCGAGAAGACCCUCUACCACCACGUGCACGGCUGCGACGUGUUCCACCUUCGCUACGCGCACCACCUGCUGCUGGUGAAGGGCCAGGUCACCACCAAGUACUACCGGCUGCUGUCCAAGCUGGGCGGCUGGGUGUGGGUGCAGAGCUACGCCACCGUGGUGCACAACAGCCGCUCGUCCAGGCCCCACUGCAUCGUGAGUGUCAAUUAUGUCCUCACGGACAUUGAAUACAAGGAACUGCAGCUGUCCCUGGACCAGGUGUCCACGUCCAAGUCCCAGGACUCCUGGAGGACCGCCUUGUCUACCUCACAAGAAACUAGGAAAUUAGCUAAACCCAAAAACACGAAGAUGAAGACAAAGCUGAGAACAAACCCUUACCCCCCACAGCAGUACAGCUCAUUCCCGAUGGACAAACUGGAGUGCGGCCAGCUCGGCAACUGGAGAGCCAGCCCCCCGGCGGACGCUGCGGCCCCCCCAGAACAGCAGCUCCAUUCAGAGGGCGGCGAGCUGCUGUACGCCCCGUCCUACAGCUUGCCCUUCUCCUACCAUUACGGACACUUCCCUCUAGACUCGCACGUCUUCAGCAGCAAAAAGCCAAUGCUGCCGGCCAAAUUCGGGCAGCCUCAAGGACCCCCGUGUGAGGUGGCACGCUUUUUCCUGAGCACACUGCCAACCAGCAGCGAGUGCCAGUGGCAUUACGCCAACCCCCUAGUGCCUAGCAGCCCGUCGCCAGCUAAAAGCCUUUCUGAGCCACCGGUGAACACUGCUCGGCACAGCCUCGUGCCAAACUACGAAGGUGGGUCCUGUUGGCACGAGGGGCAGGAGCGGGGCUGUCAACAGCGGUGGUGGCGGUGGGUGGCACCUGGGAAAGGACCCUCACAGUUUGGGCAGACUUCUCCUCUUUCUGCUUCUAAGUGGGGAUUGCUGCGCUUUGCUGCCCUCCGUGUGAGCAUUUCCUCACGAGAGUGGUUACAGCUGGGUGACUGGGCACAAGCACAGCGUAAAGGGCAGAGGAAACUGGCUGUUCAGCCACCUCCAUGA